AUGCUCAGUAAAAUAGGAAAAUUGGCUAAAGAUAAGUAUCUUCUUGAAGCCAAAACUGAUAAUGGUAAAUUAGAAUUUCAUGAAAAAGGAAAUGAAGCGUUUAGAAUUGUUGUCCAAGUUGGUAGAAAUAAUGAUAAACAACGUGUUAUGGCAUUAACUGCAAGUGAAAAGAGAGUGUAUUGGAAAGAAUUUACUGAAGCAGUUGUGAGUUUAUUAAUGAAAGGAAAAUGUCUUAGCAGUUAUGCGGUUACUGCUACACUAAGAAAGAAUUUACGUAAUACUGCUAAAUCUAUUACUACUACUGAAGACAAACAAUCAAAAGAAGAAAAGAAAGAAGAGGAUCAUAUUAGUAUUGAAACAUCCCCAAAAGAAGAAGCAAAAAAUGAACAGAAAGAAGAAGUAAAACAAGAAAAGAAAGAAGAAGUUCAAAUUCCCAUUGAGCAGAAAUAA